UAUUGAGCUGCUGUACUAAUUCUGGAGGUUAGCUUCGGUUUCGAAUACUUAUUUGGCCUCCUUCUGCCUAAAAAUAUGCGCAUCUUUCUAUCAAUCAAUUUUAUCAGUCAAACUUCAUAUCAAUCACCAUCAAACCUUGCGCCAAGCGUCAAAUGGGUUCUUACAGAGUCAAUCACGCUCGAGUCGAUCGAUUGACUUGAGCUUUUUAUGAAGCCGCUUGAACGUUUAGGGGCUCUGCCCUAUCUAUCAAAUAAUAGUGAAAGCGAAAGUGGAUACUGCUGCUCACAAGCUUUCGCUCGACAGUGUUGUUCAGCUUUCACCGAGAAGAGAAGUGUUGUGCUAUUCCUCUUCGGGAAUUUGUGCAUGUAAAAAUCCAAGCAGAGCAGAUUUGAACUUUUAAACGAGCUCAAAUUUUGCAAAUGCGUACUGCGUAGUAUUAUUCAAUUUCAGUGACUUUAUAAUACUAGCUAUCGUCCAAUAAAGUGCGCAUCCGAUGGUUAUGGAACUAAUUUGCGCAAGCAUCGUAUGGAUGCAACUCUAAUGGUUUUAAAAUAUUUAAACCAAGAAGGAAUGGCCAACGAUGAAAGCUCGCUCAAGAUAAAUGGGUUCCAUUUAGAGAAUGGAUUAUAUCCGGAAGAAUAAAUUGGUGGUCUUCGCUGUGUUUACCUUUAUAGCUAUCAUAUAUAUAAUGUACGGUAUUUUUAGUUCCGAGCCAAUAGCGACUGCUAAAUUCAGUUUUUUGGAGGAUUGGACGUUACAUUCUGAAAAUGGACCAGUCAAAGGAAAUUUGGUUCCAAUACGUGGGGAUGGCAUAAGUAAAUAUUUUCCUUCAAAGGCUAACAUGAAACUUGAACAAGAAGAAUUGUCUAUUAAUUUGAGGAAUGAACUUACAACGAAUUCCUGGAGUGAUAAGGUCUCCGAUUCGCGUUCGGGAUUGAAACAAUAUAUCAAAGCUGACGAUGAUUUGCUGCAAGGCGUCUAUAAUCUUAGCAGUUGCUGUAAAAUAGGUUCUCUGCAGGGACCGGUCACAUCUCCGCAAAGCUAUCGGAACUGCUUCAAGCUCAUCCUCGCAAACAUUUCAGAAGCUAAUAAUCUAAUCGGCAACAACUCUAAACUGAUGGUGAUGGUGCGGCGGUAUCGCACGUACUUGGACGCAUGCAGGAUGCCGGUGGUGGAGGUGACGGGCCCGCCGGACUUUAGAGACGUAGUGUACGACGCGGGCAACCGCUUGGCCUACUGCAAAACUGCUAAGGCAGGAUCGAGCACAAUCCUGACCUUCAUACUUGAGAUGAACCGCGUGGAGACGAGCCUGAGUCACCACAGCAAUGUGCACGAAAUCGCUCGCGCCCGCUUCCCUGCGUCGUCCAUCAAACGGGCACGCGAGAUCACUGACACUUCGUUCUCUUUCACAUCUGUUCGACAUCCCUUCCGCAGGUUGGUUUCCUCCUACUGCAACAAAGUCAUCGAAAGUAAAGAAAAAAUUCUGAUGCUUCAGCAUGAAGCAAUGCUUGCGUACCGACACAUUGAUACACUCGAUAUCAUUAGAAAAUAUUUACCUCAUCAUCAAUACGCAACUCCAGAUGGAUCGCAGCACGAGAACAGCUCUCUAAAAUCAACUAGACUUAAUAUCCUGAGUACUCCGGGGAAGAAAGACUUUAUGGAAAAAAGUGAUGGGGCGGAGACAAAAGUUUUGCUACCAGGAGUGCCUUCGUUCCGCGAGUUUGUGGUGUUUAUUGCAGUGCGCAUCUUGUCGUGUAGUGGUGACUACGCCUGCCUCAGCGAGCUGGACACGCACUACCGGCCACAGCUGACAAGGUGCAAUCCGUGCGCCUGGCACUUCGAUUUCAUACUCAAGCUGGAGACGCUGAGCGAGGACCUGUCAUGGAUGCAGCGUGUGCUGAUGUCCUCCAGCAGGAGGCCAGCCGAGACGCCGUCGGUCGUGGAGCAGCAACAGGUGCCUACAGUCAAUCCUAGUGGGAGUCAGUGUGACGAUUAUGAGCAGUACAUGCAUCAGCUAACUAGUGUCGAAAUUGAUCUCAUGUAUACUGCAUAUUAUCACGAUUUUCGUUUUUUCGAUUAUGAACCUUUCAGUUGUAUAUCGAGGAAUUGCUCUAAAGAACUCAAGUAGUACUUUUCCUUCGUUCUGACUCUAUUUACGUUCGGAGAUGGUUGUUACUCUAAAAUGUUAGUUAUACGAAGGAUGCAUCAGUCGAGAUGUUCAAUAAAGCGAAAUAUGCAUUUAAUGAAAUUUAUUUUAUGACACAAAUAAUAUCCAAACUCCUAAAUGUACAACAAUCUUAUUUACAUUUAUACAAACUAUCCGCAAUAUCAAAAACUCCUGCGCGAUCUCUUAUAUUGCAACAAAUCUUACAGGUAAAAUAUUAAUAAUAAUAAUAAUUAUAAUAAAGUGAGAGUAAACUCUUUUCACAAUUAUCAACGUGUGGUGAGUUGCAGCAACGGUGCAAACCUUUCUUAAAUACUUGGAAUGAUAUUAUUAUCCCGCCAAGUGGAAUGAAAAUCGAGCGUUGUACAAAAAUACAACGGCCGCGUUCUCUUGGGCCGUCCAUGCUCACAAUCACCUACACUUCAGCUUGGUCCAACCUACAUAAUUUAGUCAAAUUUGAGGCAUCUUUCACUUAUAUUACUAUGAGCGCAAUGAGAAGCGCUGAGCCGAACCCAUUGAUCUACAUACGAUACUUUAUCCAGGAACAAAACAAACUUGGAAGUCAUGUUUAAAUGAGCUCAUAAAUUACGCCCAAUAUCACAGAGUUGGUCGAGUUAAUUAACUCGUACAGGGUUUGAUUCAACAAGACAACCAUGCAUGAGGUGAGCAUUUCGGUUUAAAUACUACGUGCUUCAUAAUUUGAGACUUGUUACGCAUUUGUAUAAGCAGUUUGUGCUCCACGAGGCAUCACGAUCAUUGAUAACUAACGACUCACACUGGGAAGUGGCGCAGGAAUGAGCCAGACUCGUAAAUCUAUGGAACGUAAUAAAGCGUUUUCAGCAAAUAAUAUUAAGAUCAAACUUCCAACGAAGUGCUCUGUUCCACAAUUCAUUUCUGAUGAACCUCCAGACGUUUUCUUCGUUCUAUAAUAUUCUUAAAUUACCAAGAUUCGAGCUGUAUCAUUUGAUCGGCUCUCAGCCUCCAAUUUGUUGGCAAAUGAUAUUUCUGCUUACUUUUGAUCAAUGGAAUGGACCGCAUUUUUUCUAUGUAAAAAUAUAAUUUAUGAUUGAAUGCUUGAGGAAGCAUUCGUUUUCUCCGUUAUAUUUCGACAUACAUUGUAAUGAACAUUUCAUAAAAAUAUGCGCACGUCAACACAGAGCUCAGUCAACGCUUAGCCAAAGCAGUUUGUAACACAAUGGAGAUUAGAUUUAACAGAGAGCAACAAGAACGUAAUACUUUGCUUGAUAAAUCCAGCGUAAAAUUAUAAUGAGGCGGUGCUUAAUAUGAAAGUUAAAUCAGAGGUAUUUUAUGGUAGGUUGCAUUAAUUCUUUGUUGCCUAACAGCUUCAUUAUUGUAUCACGAUUUAGACCAGAAAUGAAUGUUAUUUUUAAUAAAAAAACAUUGAUUUUGAUUCACUGAAAAAUAUAGGUGCUCUAAAUGACUGUUCCUGCUACUAAAUUAAAAAAAAUCCUUCGCUGGAAUGAAUCUGAGGAAAUGAAUAACUGCGGAUGCAUAUAGUCUACACUUAAAUGAGCUCAAAAACAAAUAACUAAUUUUGAGCUCUGAUUUUAUUUUUUCAACCAAUUUCAGGAAUUGCAAGAUUUAAAAUAUCACAGAAAUGCGCACAGGCAGUGUAGAGACCGUUGGAUGACACAAAAUAUCAGGAAUGAUUAACAUACUAUCCGGAUGAAAAGCACGAACACUUACUUGUUCGACAAGGAAUACUUCGACCCUCGUUACAUGAAUACCGCUCAUUAUUGUUCAUAAACUCGAAAAUGUUCAUAACUGUGACAAUGCAUUUCUUAAAAGAAAACAUUUUGAAGCAAAAAUAAAUUCAGGAUAUGAAACGGAGGUUAAUCUUGCGAGCAAUAUUCUUAUAAGUGCGCCAACGCGUGGUGUUUUCCAAUGAAUAAGAUUCAAACAUUUUUCUCGAUGAAAGUUAUGCAUCACUUUAGUAUUAGUUUAUCUCAGAAAAGACUCUGCAAUAUAAGUGCAUCAUUAAUUUCCUUCUUGAAACAUCAGAACUGAUUAAAGACUCCAUAUAAUUUUUCCUUUUUC